AUGUAUGUGUACUCAUGCUGCCUUCUGUCCCCCCAUGUCAGGGAAGCUCUAGCCGCCAAAGAUGCAGCGGAGGCCGUCCCCGAGCUCUUCAUGGUGGACGAUGUCAUUCGAGGCUUCGCCGAUCUCAUCGGCCGUUCAAACGUCAAGUACGAUAAGUUCCAGAACAUCCAACAGAUCGACGUGACGCUAGUGGCGCACAUCGUACAGCAGACAAGGUUGCGUCUGAAGAACCGCUACUUCAACCGUUCCCCCGACCAUCAAUUCGGCGGCGGAGAAAAGAUGACGCUGAACGACUUCAUUACGCAUCAUCAGAAGAUGGACAAGCGGGAGGUCAAAGCGGAGGGCGUGGACAGUGACGGGGAACCAGUGUCCUUUGAAUACACACUUCACGAGAGGAAAAUCAAAGGGCACAAGUCGGGCGGUGACGUUACGGCCUGCUUCGAACUUUCGUUGAAGUUCGUGCGAGCGGUGGACAGUGAGCUUGAGUGGCGCAUGAGGGACCUGGAGCAUCUGGAGGGGACGAAGCUCUUCCGCUCUGCCUCAUACGUAGCAGACGAUGAGUGA